ACUGAUUUACCUUGCCAUCAGCUGAGUUGUGUAUAUUUAAACCAGCAUUUAGAUUUUAUUAAAGGAAACUCUUCCCCUAAAAACUGCUGGUUAGGGUAAAGAUCUGAUGAAAGAUGAAGAGGACACUGCUGAUUGUUUUUGUUGUUCUUCUAUGGACAUGUGGAACACAGGCUUCUAAAAAGAAACAACCUGCCAGUAAGCAAAAGGAAGCAAAAAAGCAUAAACAAGAACUACAAACAGAAGAACAUUAUAUCAAGUCUUUAAAGGAUGAGGUGUCUUCCAUAUACACAAAUUUUGCUUUCCAAUUCUAUAAAGAAAUAGCUAAAGAAAAUACUUCAGAAAACAUUUUCUUUUCCCCUCUCAGUAUCACAACCUCUCUGGCUGUGUUGUUCCUAGGUACUAAAUCAUCUAGUAAACAAGAACUAUUACAAGCAUUUAGAAUGGAAAAUAAAACAGAGAGGGAUUUAACAGCUGUUCAUACCCUCAUUGGGGCAUUGUUCCAGCAACUCUCCAAGGGAAACGAGGAACUACAAUUUGAUAGUGGAAACUCGUUGCACAUAGACAAGGAUUUCGAUGUCUUAGCAUCAUUUUUAAAUGACACAAAAGGCUUUUAUGACACUGAGGUACUGACGACUGAUUUUUCAAAGCCUAAGCAGGCAACACAGUUCAUAAAUGAAUAUGUAAAGAACAAAACAAAUGGGAAAAUUACACAGUUAUUAGAUAAGGUUACUCCCUUAACAAAAUUAAUAUUUGUCAACUAUAUAUAUUUCAAAGGAUUAUGGAAAUCUCAGUUUGAUCCAAAAGCAACAAGGCAGGGCAAGUUCUCUGUGGAUGGAAAAACAACUGUUAAAGUUCCCAUGAUGGUAAAUUCAGACACCAAGUUCAAAAUCCUUUAUGACCGAGACUUAUCCAGCACAGUGUUACAGCUUCCAUACUGUGGCAAUAUAUCAAUGCUUGUACUGCUUCCUGAUCAAGGGGGCAUUAAAAGAGUGGAGCAAAAACUCACAGCAACAACCCUAAAAUCAUGGCUUGAGAAAAUGGCCAAAAGUACACCAUCUUCAGCAAGCAUCUUUAUGCCAAAAUUUUCAUUAGAACAUUCAUACAGCCUACAAAAUAUCCUGCAGAGAAUAGGUGUUAAGACAUUGUUCACAAAUGCUGCUGACUUGUCUGGCAUAUCUGGGCAGAAGAAUCUAAAAGUGUCAAAGAUAAUCCAUAAAGCUACUUUGGAUGUGGAUGAAAAGGGGACUGAGGCCGCUGCUGCUACUGGAGUAGAAAUUAUACUGUUGUCCGCACCCCUUGACAUCAGGAUAAAUAAGCCAUUUAUUCUACUAAUUUAUGCAGAAAACACUGGAACAAUUUUAUUUAUGGGAAGGGUAAUGAAUCCACUUGCAAAAAAAGGCUAACUUUAUAUUUGAUAUGGAGCACAAUAACUUUUCUUGGUGAUAAAUUGCAUGUGGUGAAUAAAUGAAUGCUGAGAAAAUACUUUGUUUUCUAGAGGGACAGCUCAGUGAACAAAUAAAUUAAUAAAUGCCUUAUAGUA